UUAUCAUAAGUUUUACAAAUUUGGUUCAUUUCGGCAGCUCAUAGUUUAGUUUUUAUAAAAAUCAAACAAAUAUGGUGAAAAUGCAAGGAUCGUCAAAAGUUGUAAUUAAUCGUUGCAUGGAGUUGUUGCAUCCUCGGAUCGCAGGCGCCCAUCACUUCGAAAAACGUAUUGUGCCUCAGGCUGUCCGUCGUGCCAGUUCGUCCGCCAAUCUACCCAAGGUGGAGCUAGACAGGGAACGUGAGAAAACCAAAAUCUAUCAGAUAAACAAGCAUCGCUCCAUGUGGGACCAGGAUGACUCGGUUGAGCGUCGACAGAAAAUGGAAGCUAAGUGGCACCAAAGUCGUUUGGAUGAUAUCUUGUAUAAAAAACAGGAUAUAGAACAACGGACCUUUGAUUGUACUUGGGUGAAUUUUCCGGAAGCCAUGGUCGCCAAGCCGAAACGUCAGGUGGUAAACUUUGCCCUGGUUGAAAAUCAAUCAUCGACAUCUGUCACAUGUCGUCGUCGCUGUCGUGAGGAGCGUCCGGAGACCGCCAAGCCAUGUGGUGACGAGGCACGUCAGUUCAUUAGCCAAUGGGACAACAAUAAUGCCAUGGUCAAUCGCAAUCGUUUUGGCCGUGCCGCUCACAAUUGUCCACCACCAAUUAUGACCCGUAGUGCCGUGGACUUGGGGCGCGAUCGUCAGACGCAGUUCUACUACUAAAAUGAAAACAGCUACCCAUCCAGAGUGCCAUGUGAAGUUUUCAAAAUUAUAGCAGUUCCCACCGCAUUGGCUGUUAAUAUUCACAGAUAAUUAGACUUGCCGAAAGUGGCGAAUAUUACAUAAGAUUGACCUUAAAUUUCGAGUGUGUAAUGAAAAAGUCUUAAUCGAAUACAUAUUGUAUUAUAUGUCAAAUCUAA